AUCCAACGGCCAAAAUCCAUUGGAAUCAAACCCUAACGACACAUAUAUAAGGUUUGGCGUGUUCAGGUUCCCCAUCGCCUCCAUCGUCCUCCCCAUUAUCUCUCGCUCUUUUCUGUACAACAGAUCGCCGAUUUCAAGUCAUCGGAAAGGAUGUCGGACGAGGAGCAUCAGUUCGAGUCCAAGGCCGACGCCGGAGCUUCCAAGACAUAUCCCCAGCAGGCCGGAACCAUCCGCAAGGGUGGGCAUGUUCUCAUCAAAACCCGUCCCUGCAAGGUUGUGGAAGUGUCAACAUCCAAGACUGGCAAGCACGGUCAUGCCAAGUGCCACUUUGUUGCAAUUGACAUCUUCAAUGGCAAGAAGCUUGAAGAUAUUGUUCCUUCUUCACAUAACUGUGAUGUGCCCCAUGUUACUCGUACAGAUUACCAGCUCAUUGAUAUAUCAGAGGAUGGAUAUGUGAGUCUACUCACUGAGAAUGGAAGCACCAAGGAUGACCUCAAGCUUCCAACAGAUGAGACUAUACUUGCACAGUUGAAGGAUGGAUUUGCCGAUGGGAAGGAUCUUGUUGUUUCUGUCAUGGCCUCUAUGGGUGAAGAGCAGAUAUGUGCCGUCAAGGAAAUUUCUGGCGGAGCAAAAUAAAGUAUUUAUAAAAAAAAACAAUGUCUGGGGGUGGUUUUCAGGUAGAACUCCCCUCCUCCCUCCCUCCCCCCAAAUGUUAUGGACCAACUUCAAAUUUUUCCUUUUUCAUGUCUUUUUUUAUUUAUUCCAACGUUUCUGGCAUAAUUAUUCGUAAUCGUGUUUUUUAAGGAUUUUGUGAAAGCCUAACUGCUUUUGAAAGGCAUAUCCCUUCUGUGUGCUACUUAUGUGUGUACCAAAUCAUUAAAGAUUUUAAUAUUGCAAAAAGCCUGUUUAGUAAGGCUUAAAAUGACUCACUUGUGAAAUAAUGUUAAGAGUUAUUGUCAGGG